AUGUGGGACCUCGAAGGCGACGACGUCGUCCCGGAGAGCCCGCGGAUGCGCGCGUGCCGCGGAGGGUUGGAUCUCGGGCGGUCCGAGGUGCCGUCGACGAAGCGCUCGCCGGCCGGUCGCCAUCGCCCGCUCAGGGACGUGACCAACGCGACGCACGAGCCCGAUGACGUCGUCGCCGAGUCCACGGAUGAGGACGACGACGAGGACGGCGAUCAUCGCGGCGGCGUGGGCGUCGUGAUGGGAGCGGCGAUGGACGCGCGGCGCCUGGCACGACAGCGGCGAGAGGGCGAUGUCACCGUCGUCGACGACGAGGUGGUCAUCGUGCACGAGACGAUGCUCGCGGACCACGACGCCGACGCGACCGCGGAAGACGAUCCGCUGGCACGGUUCGCCGCCGCCCCGAUUCCCACGGAGGACGACCCCGGACCCGCCACCGCGGCCCCGACGAGGCGUCAGAAUAAUCUUCGCCUUCGUCCAAACGCGAAGAAGAGGCUCGCGGCGGCGGCGGCGCGACGUCGCUUCGCGUCCGACGAUUCGAACGACGACGAUUCGUGCGACGACGACGUCCGCGAUCGCGCCCCUCCGCCGUCGAACGGCGACCCUCCCCCUCGCGCCGAGGACUUCGACGCGGGCGGCGGCGACGAUGACGACGACGCGAGGUUCGAGGUUGACGACGCGCCGGUGUCGGAGCACAGCGACGGGAGCCAGGAGCGGACCGCCGGGGUCAAGGGCCUCCGGAUGACCGAGCUGCUCGGUGACGGGUACGGGAAGGGCAUGCGGCGGCGGCGAGGCGAGGGCGGGGCGAGGUUGACCGUCGCGGACCUCAUCGCGGCGCGACGCGGGAGGAAGCCGUUGCUCGACCCUCCCAGCAGCGACGAAGAGGAGGAGGAGGAGGAUGCCAGGAAGGGGGAUGCCAGGGAGGAGGAUGCCAGGAAGGAGGAUGCCAGGGAGGAGGAUGCCAAGGAAGGGAAUGUCAGGGAGGAUGUCAGGGGGGAUGACGACGACGGGGAGGAGGACGAUUGCGACGCGUAUGACGACGACGAAUUUUCCGCGUUUUCGAGGCCGCCCAUGGACCAGGAGGCGGACAUCCGCGCCGACGACGGUCGCGUCUUCGCCGAGGAGUUGCUCGCCGCGGCGCGGCCGAGGGCGGAGCCCCGGGACGCCGCGAGCCACCGGCGGCGCCGGCGGCGACAGGGACGCCUGGACGCGUUCCUGUCCAUGAACGACGACAAUAAGGAGGAGGAGGAGGAGGAUGGGGAGGAUGGGAAAGAUGCGGCCGCGAGGCGAACAAGACCGGCGCGCGACGCGGCGACGAACUCGUCCGCUCCGUCGACGCGCACCGCCGUGCACGAUGCGGAUGAACCCGCGCGACCCGCGCCCGCGCCCCGGCGCUUCCCGCACACCCUCGACUCGGGAUCCAUGAUCAACGCCGACGAGUUUAACGACGCGGGAACAACCGCGGACGGGGAGAGGACGCUUCGAGUCGCGUGCGCCCUGUUCAAGGCGGGACGUCGCGCCGACGGGACCGCGACGCCCGCACCCACCCGCGCGGAAUCGAUCGAGUGGCGACGCGCGGUGUCGUUUUAUACGAGCGGCGACGGUUCAUCUUCUGUCUUUACGGGCGGCGACGCGACGAAAUCGAAAGGCGCGUUUUGGCGCGCGCUUCGGCGAAUCGUCGCGGACGCGUUCGACGACGACGAGCGGACGGGCGAGCGUCACGACCUAGACGAGCGUUACGACCCGGCGGCGGCGGCUGACGCGGAACGGGGCGGGGAUCCAUCGAUCGCGUGCCAAGGCGACCGACUCUUCGAAUCCCCCGCCGCCGCGCAGGCGCGGCGGGGCGAGCUCGGGUGGGAGCUCCUCUUUCGCGCCGCCGCGACGUGGCGCGCGGCGGGUCUCGAGACGGCGGAUGGGGAUGACGCCAACGGGGAGGACGCGUGGUCCAAACACGCGUGGGACCUGGUCUCGGAUGUACUCGCGCGAUCUCCUCUUCCCACGCCGUUUGGUUCGUCGCGCGCGGAGCCCGAGGGGAUCGAAAAGGGAGCGAGGCUUCGAGAAUGGCGACAUCGGACGGCGGCGGGUUCAGGUCCCCGGGGGGAAUCGAUCCGUCCGUUGGACGACGGUGGAUUCGAUCCGAGGGCGUACGCCGCCGCCGUCGCCGACCGCGUCGCGACGCUCGUACGGGAGUGGCCCUACUGUCGGGGCGGCUCGAGUUCGCCGGUUUGGGAGCUGUGGCGGCGUCUCUUCGUCUCCUCAGGAGGCGUUUCAGCCGUUACGACGACGUCGAAGGAACCGCGGAUCGACCCGGCGGGCGCCACGUGGCCGUUGCCUUCGCGGACAGACGACGGGAUCGCGCGGGCGGCGGUGUCGACGCGCGGCGGGAUCGAUCGCGCGAUCACGACGACGUGCGCGUGUUGCGACCUGGCGACGCCGGAUAACGCGCUACGCACGGCCGACGAGUUAGGUUCAGGUUCACGCGGACCUGGUGCGUGGCUCGUCCCGUCGAAUGGCGCGUGCGCUCGAGCUACGCGAGCGCUCGCGUCGCACCUCGCCAAGGCUCCCGAGGCGAAGGACCUCAAGAGGGACCUCGGGCGCGCGCUCCAGUCCGCCUCGCUGCUCCACGCGGUCAAGGAGCACCGCGGUAAAACGUCUAUGCACUCUCUCGCUGCCGAGGGUGGGUGUGUUGGCGCGGGUUCUCGGAGGGUUGUCGGAGGAGGAGGAGGAGGGUUGUUUCGAGCGGCGGGGGGCGCUUCGCUGCGGCUCACCCCGCUCGCCGCCGACCUCAGGCACAGGGCCGCGACGCACGUGCUCCUCUUCGCCGCGUGCCUCGACGCGGGCGCGAUCGACCAGGCGGGCGUGUGCCUCCGCCAGCUGUGCGCGCCCUUAUCCUGCUCGAACAAGGGUUCGAACUGCGCGCUGCCGGCGGCGUCGGCGGACCCGGCCGCUCGAGCCGUCGCCGUCAGAGCCGUCGGGUGCGCGGCGGACGCGUGGAUCCAACGCGGCUCGUCGUUGAACGAGGCGGUUCUCCAAAAAAACGGUCAGAAAACGCACCUGGGGCGGCUCGCCAGGGAGGGCGAGGCGGCGCUCGCGGCGCUCGCCGCCGAGGCUGUUCGCGCGCGGGAGGACGCCGCCGACCGCCGCCGUUCUUCUUCGUCCUCCCUCGAGGAUGGCGAAGGCGUCGCGGCGGCGCACGGGGCGGUGGUGGCGGAGGCAGCGGAGGCGGCGGCGUGGAUGCACGCGGCGCUGGUAUCGUGCGGCGCGUGCCAGAGGGGCGCCGCCGCCGCGCAGGCGCGCUUCUGCGAGCCGGAGCUGUUUCGCGCCGUGGGGGCCGGCGUCGAGUCCUCCAAAGGAAACGACGACGCCCGGGUGGACGACGAGCGAUAUUCGGCUGGGUGUUGGCGGUCCCGGCUCUUCGCGCAGCGCGCCCUCGCGGCGCUCCUCGCGCCGGGCCCGCCCCACCUCGCGACGACGUGCGCGACCCGGGGCGUACACGAGACGCUCGGCGACGCCCUGGCGCUGUGGGCGCUCGGCGCGGGGUCGGAUGCGCGAGCCGGCGGAUCCGGCGCGCUCGCGUCGGCGCUUUUUUCUCACCCCGCGGCGAUGGAGCUGGCGGAGGGCGCGCCGCCGUCAGGGCCGGGCGCCGCGCGCGUGCUCAGGCUCAGGCGGGCGAUCGGCGACGCGGCCGGUGGACUUUGGGAAGGCGACGAUCAUCCGACGCGACGCGCGCUUCGCGGCGCAACCGGGGCGGGGUUCGACCUGCUCAAUCCGACGGGUUCGCAGCUGGAUGCUUUUUUCCGCUCGGCGCCGGGUAGCUUGGCGAGCCGCGAGGAGGGCGAGUUUCGGGUGAGCGCCGGCGCGCUGGUGUCUAGGCAGAUGCGCGCGUACGGCGUCGGGGCGUGGGGGUGCGCGAUGGCGUGCGCGGCGAGGCUGCCGCGCGCGGCGCGUGUCUCGCACGACGAGCUCUCCUCGGUUGGUGGAUUUGCGGCAACGAACGGCGGAGUCGGCGCGGACCUUCGCGCCGCGAGGCACGCGUUGGCGUCCUGCGCGGCCGGGACGGUGCGAUGGCUCGUUGACCUCAUCGCGCGACUCCCCGUGGGCGAGAUCCCGGGUUCGAUACCCCGCGGGGUCGAGAGGAUCGUCGCGGAGGAACCCGUGCUCGCCGCGACGGCGCCGCAUCCGUGCCCGGCGAGAUCCCCCGCGUGGGGGGGUUGGACCGUUACGACCGUUACGAACGUUACGACCGCCGCCGCCGCCUCCGACUCGCUCGGCGCGCGGGUCGCCGCGCUGCUCCACCGCGACGGGGGCCCGCGGGGGUCGACGUGCGCGGCGAUUGUCGCCGCCACCGCCAAGCGCUUCGCCGUCGUCCGCGACGCCUCCGUCGACAACCCCACGCGCGGCUCCCCCGCAUCCGCCGUCGUCACGCCCUCCGGCACCCGGGAUUUCGCCGCCGCCACCGCGGGACUCAUCGAGGGGGUCCUCGACGACGACGACGGCGGCGCCGUCGCGCAUCUCGCCGCGGCGCUCGUCGAGCCGGACGUCCCAGCGCUCGCCGCGCAAUUUUUCGCCUCUGAGCUCCUCCCGCGAUUCCUCGCGCGCGAGCUCCGGGGCACGUCGCAGCGACGGUGCGCACGAAUCUGGCUCACCGCCAUCGCGCUCCUCGAGCGGCUCGCGCGGGAGCCCGAGCCCGAUCCCGAUCCCGAUCCCGAUCGAGGCGGCGUCUCGCCUCUUGGUGUUUGCGCCGUCCUGAACGACGUCCUGCCCGCGGCGGCGACGGCGAUGCUCGAGCUCGUGGUGAGCUCGUGCGGGGACGGGCUCGACCAUCAGGCGACGGCGGCGGCGGCGGCGCUGUUCGAGUACGUGGGCGCGAGGCUCGAAGAGGCGGCGGCCCGGGACGACGUGAUUGGUCGAGGCGUCACGACCCCGGCUCCGGUUCCGUCGGUAGCCGCGUCGGUGGUAGCCGCGGGCGAGGACGGCGGAGAAUCGAGACGAAAGAAGAGGCGGCGGAUGAUGGAUACUUCGGGGCCGGUGGGGCGACGGAGGCCGGCGCCGGCGGCGACGGCGGUUGGAUACUUCCCGUUUCCGGGGGCGGCGGCGGCGGCGUCCUAUUUCCCGUUCCCGGGAGCCCCCGCGGUUACCCCGGCGGAGAAGCAGGAGGAAGACGACGAGGACGACGAGGACGACGAGGACGUUGAAGACCAUGAGGACGAAGUGAGCGUGCAGGAGAGGGCCCGCGCGGACGCCCAGGCUCUCCGCUGGCGCCUCCAAUCGACCAAGCGCCGCCGCGCCGACGAAGUCGCCUGCGCCUUCGCCGCCUCGGGUGCCGCCUCGGGUCCGUGCACGAGCGACGCGUUCAAACUCCUCGCGUCGUGCGUCUCGUGCGCCACGGCCGUCGUGUGCGUCGUCGCCCUCGCCGCGCCCGUCACGGAUUCCCCGACCGGCGGCGGCGGGGCGUUCCGACACAUGUCCGGCGCCACCGAGCGAGCGCGGGAAAUUUCCCGGCACAGGCUACAAUUGCAACGCGAGUUGAAGCGGUGCCGAGGGGAAGUCGAGGCGCACGCGACGGAGCUGACGCGGCGGAGGUUCGGGUGCGGGCUUCGCUCGGCGCCCAACCCGCCGGUUGGGUCGUACGGGCGGGGAGCGGCGGCGGGCGGGGAGAUCUUCUGGGGCGCCGAGGGGCCGGUUCCGAGGGGGGCGCAUCGCGUGAACGAGCUCUGGUCCGAGCCCCGAUCGCGACUGGCGUUCGCGUCGGACGCGGCGUGUUCGCUGCUCGCGAGGGCGUCGCGCGUCUGUUCGGGUGUCGGGGCGGGCGUUGGGGCGGGUGUUGGGGCGUCGUCAGGCGGGUCGGAACGGCGGGGGUUCGAACGGGCGACGCGCGAUCUACUCGUCGCCAAGGCUGGCGCGUUGGCGAGCGCGGCGGCGUUGCUCGCCGAGCCGGAGGCGUCGACGGCGGCGGGGUCGAAGCGCGUUCCCGCGCUGGUCGACGCGCUCGGGAGGUGCGGCGUCGGCGGCGGUUCGGGCUUACGGGAGAGGCUGCCACCUCGCGCGGCGUCGUCCGGGGCGAACGGCGGGUUCGGCGGGGUGGGGGGGCGGGCUUCCUCCCUCCGCGGCGGGGGUGUCUCGUCGGUUCGACCCGAGACGCGCCCUCGCGGGGCUGGAGGGUCCGGGGUUGCGUUCCGGCCGUUCGGGUCACGCGGCGGCGGCGCGAGACGGCACUGA